AUGUCAUCUCGCACGGCCGAGGCCAAGAGCAUUGCAAGCAGUGAUGAUCUGAGGCUGGUGAAUGGAAGCAGUCCCUGUGCUGGGAGAGUGGAGAUUCUUCAUGAGGGACAGUGGGGGACAGUUUGUAGUUUUGGCUGGGAUAUAGAGGAUGCAGGAGUUGUGUGUAAACAGCUGGGCUGUGGAUCUGCUGUAUCAACACAAAAUGCUCACUUCGGAGCCGGUUCUGGAACCAUCUGGCUGGCGCUUGUUUCCUGCAGCGGCUCUGAAUCUGCCCUGCGGGACUGUGGGUCAUUGGGGUGGGGUAAGACCUCUAGCUGCACACACGCCUUGGACGCUGGAGUGAUCUGUUCAGGAGUGCGGCUCAGUGGUGGCAGCGAUCUCUGCUCUGGGAGAGUUGAAGUACUGCGUGGGAGCGCCUGGAACACGGUCUGUGAUGCUGGCUUUGACCGGCAGGAUGCAGAGGUUGUCUGUCGGCGACUGCAGUGUGGAAUUCCUCUAGAGGUGCUGGGAGCUGCUCGUUUCGGUAAGGGGCAGGGUCCGGUCUGGUCAGAGGAGAUCCAGUGCAGUGGAAAUGAGUCCGGGCUCCAUGGCUGCCCCACCUCAUCCAGGGAGCAGCCAAGCUGCACACAUGCAAACGAUGUGGGCCUUGUCUGUGUUGGCGGUGGUGAUCUGAAGCUGGUGAAUGGAGGCAGUCCCUGUGCUGGGAGAGUGGAGAUUCUUCAUGAGGGACAGUGGGGGACAGUUUGUAGUGGUGGCUGGAAUAUAGAGGAUGCUGGAGUUGUGUGUAAACAGCUGGGCUGUGGAUCUGCUGUAUCAGCACCACACAAUGCUCACUUCGGAGCCGGUUCUGGAACCAUCUGGCUGGCGCUUGUUUCCUGCAACGGCUCUGAAUCUGCCCUGCGGGACUGUGGGUCAUUGGGGUGGGGUGUGACCUUUUUCUGCACUCACGCCUUGGACGCUGGAGUGAUCUGUUCAGCAGUGCGGUUAAGUGGUGGCAGCAACCUCUGCUUUGGGAGAGUUGAAGUAGUGCAUGGGCAGAGCUGGGGAACGGUCUGUGAUGCUGACUUUGACUGGCAGGAUGCAGAGGUUGUCUGUCGGGAGCUGCAGUGUGGAAUUCCUCAAAAGGUGCUGGGAGCUGCUCAUUUCAAGGAGGGGAAUGGUACACUUUGGUCGGAGGAGAUCCAGUGCUUUGGCAACGAAUCCCGGCUCUAUGACUGUCGCACUACAGACACGAAGAAGCAGAGCUGCACACACAGGAACGACGUGGGCCUCGUCUGUUUCGGGUACACUGAGUACAGGCUGGUGGGUGGCCCGGACUCCUGUUCUGGUCGAGUGGAGCUGCAGUACGUCAGUCAGUGGGGGACGGUCUGCGAUCGCUAUUGGGAUCUACAGGACGCCACAGUUCUCUGCAAGCAGUUGAAUUGUGGGUACGCUGUAUCAGUCCCAGGGCAGGCCUGGUUUGGUGAAGGCAGCGGUGAUGUACGGGCUGAUAUAUUCGACUGUGAUGGCAGUGAGACACACAUAUCAAAUUGCUCCAUCUCUGCAUGGGGACGAGGUGCCUGCACUCAUAGCAAUGAUGCAGGAGUGAAAUGUUCAGGUCCAUUGCUACCAGCACAAGCAGGUCGAGUCGGGCCUCUACCAAGUAAAUGCAACACCAGUAAUGAAGGGACCACGCUGUGCUCAGAUCACACGGCCCUCAGGCUGGUUGGGGGAGGAGGUGCCUGCGCUGGGAGGGUGGAGGUUUAUCACAACGGCUCCUGGGGGACGGUCUGCGAUGACUCCUGGGACCUGGCAGAUGCUGAGGUGGUGUGUAAGCAGCUCCAGUGUGGGACGGCACUCAACGCCUCAGUGUCAGCCUCCUUCGGCCAGGGGACCGGACCCAUCUGGCUGGACGAGCUGCGCUGUCAGGGGAACGAAUCGACUCUGUGGGAGUGUGCCUCAGGAGGGUGGGGGCAACACAACUGCAGACACAAGGAGGACGCGGGAGUCGUGUGUUCAGAGUUCAAGGAUCUUAGACUGGCUGAAGGCUGCUCUGGACCAAUAGAGGUUCUCUACAAUGGCACCUGGCGUAGUGUCUGCAGCAACAGAAUGACACAGAUUACAGCUUCAGUGAUAUGUCAGCAGCUGAACUGUGGAGAAAGUGCUGCCAUUAGAGAUGCACAAUCCAGGCUGAGUUCUGUUUACAAAUGGCUUGAUGAAGUGAACUGCCGAAGACACGACUCUACACUGUGGCAGUGUCCAUCCUUACCCUGGGGUCAGACAAAUUGCAAAAACUAUGAGGUGGCUGCGAUUGAGUGCACAGUGAAAGAGAAGCCGUCUGUCACCAGCAUACCCAAGUCAUGCUCUGAAGACCUCACUCAAGAGCACUGCUCAGAGCCAGCAGAGCUGAGGCUAGCUGGAAGCUCAAGUCCCUGCUCCGGACGGGUGGAGGUGCGGUUCGAGGGGUCCUGGGGGACAGUCUGCGGUGACUCCUGGGACCUGAAGGACGCCCAGGUGGUCUGCAGACAACUAGGCUGUGGGGCAGCAGAGAGCACAGGGGGGGGUGAGGCUACGUUUGGACAAGGGAACGGCACUAUCUGGCUGGAUGAGGUGAACUGCAGGGGCAGCGAGAUGCACCUGUGGGACUGCCGGCACUCUCCACUGAGACACAAUGACUGCGACCACAAAGAGGACGCAUGGGUUACCUGUGCAGGUGUUCCAACUACUAUCAGCUCUCCAUUGAAAACAGGAACCUCUCCAUCCGGGCUGCAGCCACAGAGAGACAUGACCAUCCCAGUGAUAGCCUGCAUCGUACUGGGAGCUCUGCUGGUGUUGGUCCUGUUAGCCGGGCUGCUGCAGCACAACAGGAUGCUGAGGAGAGGGAUUGCUGAGGAGGAGCUUGACCCCUUCCAUGAAGCCGUUUACGAGGAGAUUGAGUACAAACUGGCCAGACAGGGAUCCUAUGAUGCGCCCAGGAGAGGUGAGUAAGAGGGGAGGGGGAGUGGAGAAAGAGAGAGCCAACACACACAUCACACUGCCACACAAUCCACAAACAUGACUCAAAGCAGCAGACUUGUAAACCUCUCAUCACAGGAAACAC